UGGCACCUUGCGAGGAGGCGGCCACCGCCGUGGAAAGUGCAGGAGUUGGCGAAGAGGAGGAGAAGCAGGAGGUGACGGCGGUGGACCUGGGGAGGGGAGACGCUCGGUCUGCCUGAGGCGCCACCCAGGCUGGGGUCACCCUUCCAGGUGACACACCGGCUCUGAAGGGGACGUGCCCCUGGGCCUUUCGCCGUGUUUGGGACCCAGCCUCUCCCUCCCCAGAGAACCUUGAUGCUGCAUAUCUCCCUCGUCCAUAAGGAGCUUGCGGGUAGAGGAUGAGGACUUGGCCCAGCAAACAAAAGAAGGACUGAACAGAGGAGAGGAGACCAACAAAGAUAACUUUGGAAGCACUGAAUGUGGCAAAACAAGAACAAUGGAUCUCAAGUUCAACAACUCCAGGAAAUAUAUUUCCAUCACUGUCCCAUCCAAAACCCAAACAAUGUCACCACACAUCAAGUCAGUAGAUGACAUUGUAGUACUUGGCAUAAAUCUCAGCAGAUUUAACAAACUUACUCAAUUUUUCAUAUGUGUUGCUGGAGUUUUUGUAUUUUACCUAAUUUAUGGAUAUUUACAGGAAUUAAUAUUUUCAAUGGAGGGCUUUAAGUCCUAUGGCUGGUACCUUACUUUAGUGCAGUUUGCAUUUUACUCCAUAUUUGGCCUAAUAGAACUUCAGCUUAUUCAGGACAAAAGGAGAAGAAUACCAGGAAAAACCUACAUGAUAAUAGCUUUUCUAACAGUGGGUACUAUGGGGUUAUCAAACACUUCCCUGGGCUACCUGAAUUAUCCUACCCAAGUCAUCUUCAAGUGCUGCAAAUUGAUUCCUGUUAUGCUAGGAGGAGUUUUUAUUCAAGGAAAGCGUUAUAAUAUUGUAGAUGUGUCUGCUGCAGUAUGUAUGAGCCUUGGUCUCAUAUGGUUUACUCUAGCUGACAGCACAACUGCACCAAAUUUCAACCUGACAGGUGUGAUCCUUAUUUCCCUGGCACUGUGUGCAGAUGCUGUCAUUGGAAACGUUCAAGAGAAAGCUAUGAAACUGCAUAAUGCUUCUAAUUCAGAAAUGGUUUUGUAUUCGUAUUCAAUCGGUUUUGUGUACAUUUUAUUGGGAUUGACAUGCACUAGUGGAUUAGGCCCUGCAGUAGCAUUUUGUUCAAAGAAUGCAAUUCGGACCUACGGUUAUGCUUUCCUUUUUUCCCUCACUGGGUAUUUUGGAAUCUCCUUUGUUCUGGCUUUGAUUAAAAUUUUUGGUGCACUUCUUGCUGUAACAGUGACAACAGGGAGAAAAGCAAUGACCAUCGUACUUUCAUUUAUAUUCUUUGCUAAACCAUUCACAUUUCAGUAUGUAUGGUCUGGUUUUUUAGUGGUCCUUGGUAUAUUUCUCAAUGUUUACAGCAAAAAUAGGGAUAAAAUAAGACUGCCAUCACUAUAUGAUCUGAUAAAUAAAACAGCAGAAACGAGAAAGUCAAGGACGUUGGCACAAACUGUGUAGUCGGUGAUUCGUCCUCUUUAAAACAGAAUUUUAAGGAAACAAACAUCAACUAAUUAACUUUCCAAAGGGAUUAUUAUACAAACCAAAGGAUCUGAAGGCACACUAUCCAUUUGUGGCUGGGUUACAUAGGACGUCGGCCCUUUUCUUCAGAACACUGACUGUUUGACUUGAAGUGUUCCGGAGAGCCGCAUCUGGCACACCUUAGAAUAAAAUGUCAAUAUGAAGGACUAUAAUGCUUAGCAGUUUGUUGAGAGUUUCACUGGAAAUGGACCGUGUUGCAAGACUAAUUGGAUCAUUAUGACAUAUCAAAGAAAUUGAUAUGUAACAGCAAAUUGUUUUGUCUUCAUUCUGUUUUGGUGGUGUUAUUUAAAUUGAUUCUCUGUUAUAAGAGUGGAUGAUUUAAAGUCUAGAGAGAAUAACUUCAUUAUAAAUAAAAAUUAUUCUGUGAUUUUUUUUUAAAGAAUGUGUUGAUAGAAUUUUGUUAUAAAGAGGGAAGUGAAGGUUGGAGUAAGGCUUUACAUAAACUUUAAAACUUAAGCUUUUCUCUGAUAAUUUAAAAGUAUUCCUCAGAGAAAACCUGCUUUAAAUUUUCUGUGGAGUAUAGGCAAUAUAGUGAAAGGAGUUAUCAUCCUGCACCCUGUAAGUAUAUAUCACAAGAAAAAUUUGCUAAUAUUCAUCAGAGAAGUGCUAAAAGUUUUAAUGAUUUGGAUUUUUUAAUUAAAGGGAAAAUAAUUAAUGUCUUUUGCUAUAAAAUAAUAAGAAAAUUGUCACAGUUUUUCUCAUAAAAGUGAAAUUUCGUUUGGCAGCUUGAAGAUGAAAUAGGAUAAAUUUAAGAAACACAAGUAGGGCAGGCGCCUGUGGGUUAGCGCUUAAGCGCACGUGCUCCACUGCUGGCGGCCCGGGUUCGGAUCCCGGGCGCGCACCGACACGCUGCUUCUCCGGCCAUGCUGAGGCCGCGUCCCACAUACAGCAACUAGAAGGAUGUGCAGCUAUGACAUACAACUAUCUACUGGGGCUUUGGGGGAAAAAAUAAAUAAAGUUAAAAAAAAAAAAUUUAGAAACACAAGUAGAUUUAGCAAAUUGGUACAGUAUGUUGCUUGCACGGUUUUGAGUCUAAAUUCAUAAAGAUUUUGGCCCUUAUUUUUUAGCAGUAAGUUUUGACAUUGCAUCCACUGUGUUAAAAAAUCCUAUUAAUCUUCAUUUUCAGUGUACGUAACCUUGGUUAAAACAGCUUAAUAUCUAUGCGAUCAGUGAUAGCACUUAAUUUUGUGAGUAUAAUAUACUGGGAAUAUUUAAUCUCAUUCUUACACUUCCGUUGUAUUCUGAUGACUGUAACCUGUUAUGUGCAUAUGUGGGUACAACAGAGCCCCUUAGAAUUUAAGGAUCCAGCAUAGGGAAUUCUGACUGGUUUUUAUUUCUCAUAUGUUAAGAUACCGUGGGAGUUUUUUCCCCAAAUGGUGAUCAUUCUUAAGUUUUCAUAUUUUAAAAUGAAAAUAAAUCCUAAUUUGUACUUUAUUGUGCUGCCUUAAACUCUUAAGACAAUAAGGAUUUGUGCUUUUAAAAAAAAAGUCAAUUUUCCCAAAUC